AUGGCUGCUCUUGCCUCAGAGCAAUCAGCCCGAGAUCGUUCCAUGUCUGCAAUAUCUGCCAACUUGGAGGGUACCCAUCCACUGCGGAUGGCCGUCCUGCUCCUGACUCUUAGUUUCCUCAACCCAGGCAAGAACCGAAGCCCAAUAUCUGGUCCAGUCCUCAACCGCCUUUCUGCCGCGCUGGUCACACGCGUGGCAAAGGGUGUUUGCAGUGCCAACCGGCGCGUCGUAGCGCCUCACACAAACGUAGACACCUUGGGCUUGGAGGGACCCGAUCCAAUCCUUCUUUGCCCUGCUCAGUUUGGUGGGCAAAUGCUCGAAGCACGUGCGGGCCCCGGGCUGCUAGGCCAGGACUCUGCAGUCUUCGAGACUGCAAACAUCGCUGCGCGUCCAGAUGAGAGGUGGUACAGCAACCACUGGGUCGCUGCCAAGGUUGUCGCCUUCGGAAACGGAAGCAGCACUGGCAGAAUCGUCAGAUGCGGAACCGCGAGAGUCGGAAUCUGA